AUGUACUACGUGUUCAUGUACUACGUGUUCAUGUUCUACCUGUUCAUGUUCUACCUGUUCAUGUUCUACCUGUUCAUGUUCUACCUGUUCAUGUUCUACCUGUUCAUGUUCUACGUGCUCAUGUACUACGUGCUCAUGUACUACGUGCUCAUGUACUACGUGCUCAUGUACUACGUGCUCAUGUACUACGUGCUCAUGUACUACGUGCUCAUGUACUACGUGUUCCUGUACUACGUGUUCCUGUACUACGUGUUCCUGUACUACAUGUUCCUGUACUACAUGUUCCUGUUCUACAUGUUCAUGUACUACAUGUUCCUGUUCUAG